CUCAAAUACAUGUAACAUACGAAGUAUAACAUCAUUCAACCCAAUAAACAAAGAACUGAAGAAAGUUCUCUUAGCAAAUGAAUUAAAAAUUCUAGUAGGAAGCUUUUUUUUUUAGAAAAUUCUAGCAGGAAGCUAUGAGGUAGUUUACCGACUUUAUUAUUGUUCGUUUUCUCUUUCGGAUUGCUCGCCUACAUUUUCUGAAAAAGUCUGCAUAUAAACCCACAACCUUAAUUUUUCCUGGUGCAACUUUCAAGAAAAACAGGUUUGAUUUUUGGGAUUUUCUUCUUUCGUUCCCUCAAAUGUUAUGAAAGAUCUUUUCUGGAUUUGGAACGGUCAAAUAUUCAAUCUUUUGGGCGAAUCAGUUAGUUUGAGUUAACAAGAAUAAUCAUGUUGGUGGCAGCCAUUGUUUGUCUCUUCUUAGUGCUGGACUGUACGUUCUUGAUACAUCUUUACACCAAAUGCUUAAAUCCCCACCACCCAGACCGCCUGAGCACCGCCGAUGACGACCAAGAAGUGAGUGUAAGAGGUCUGGACCCCACAGUGCUAAAAACCAUACCAGAAGUUGAGUUCAGUUCCAAAAAUUUUGAAGAACAUUUGGAAUGUGCAGUUUGUCUGUGUGAGGUGUGUGAUUGUGAAAAGGUGAGAUUUUUGCCCAAAUGCAACCAUGGGUUUCAUGUGGGCUGUAUUGAUAAAUGGUUUCAAUCUCAUUCCACCUGCCCUCUCUGUAGAAACCCGAUUCCGGACCCGAAUCCACCAUUGGAACCCAAACCAGAAGCAGGCGGAGCAUCUCCUAAUUUUCCCACCAAUGUGUUGUUUUGGGGAGAUGAGACUCAGGUUAGCACCUUGUUGGGUCCUACCUUGGAGGUUCCAUGUUCAUCCUCAGCUGCAAUUGGUAAUACUAUGGAGAUUGUUGAGGAAGAGCAUGAUCAAGAAGAGUCUAGGAUGAUGACAAGAUUGAGGUCACUAAAGAGGCUAUUCAUGAUUAGAAGGGAAAUAAAAGACAUCAUUGUUGAUGUGGAACAAGGUAAGUUGCAGAUUUGAUGGUUCUGAUUAAGCUUCCAGUUACAUUUCAAGUGUGUGUGCUCGGAAACAAAUAGAUAUUGGAGAUUGAAGACAAAAAAUAAAGAAUCAAUCUUUUGUUCUUUUAAUGUAGCAAAAUCACAUUUUCAAUCAGCGGUUUUCCUAUGUAACCAAGUAAACAGGUCCAUAGGAUUGAACUACCUUGGGAGUGUUCAUCUUUUCAAGAGACAUAUAUGGCACCCUACCAUCUUCCUCCCCACCGUCAUUGAAGAAGA